AUGGCCCGUCCCCACAAGCUGAAGUAUUUACAAUACUUCAUUGAUGCACUGCUUCUCUCCAUCUUGAGGAGCAUCUCCUUCAACAACAGUGCUGGGGACUGUGUGUCUUUUGAUGAGAAUGGGGAAUUGGCAGCUGGAUUUGAUGUUCUGAACUGGGUUACUUUCCCCAACCAAACCUUCGUGCGAGUGAAAGUAGGAAAGAUAGAACCGCAGGAAUCGCACAAUGUCGACUUCAGCAUGGAUGAAGAAGUCAUCAAAUGGCACAAAACAUUCAAUCAGGUGCUCCCCCUUGGAUUGUGUAAUGAUCGGUGCCAGCCAGGCUACAGCCGGAAAAAGAAGGAGGGGCUGCCAUUUUGUUGCUAUGACUGUGCUUCAUGUCCAGAUGGGAUGAUUUCGAAUCAAACGGAUAUGGAUUAUUGUUUCAAAUGCCAAGAAGGUCAGUUUCCAAACCACAACAGAGAUGAAUGCAUUCCCAAGAGACAACAUUUUCUUUCCUACACAGAGCCUUUGGGAUUCGCACUAGCUGCCUUAGCUCUGCUCUUCGCUCUGGUCACAGCCUUGGUCCUUGGCGUCUUCUCUAGGAACGGGGACACUCCCAUUGUCAAAGCCAACAACCGGGACCUCACCUACACUCUGCUCCUUGCCCUGUUGCUCUGCUUCCUCUGCUCCUUGCUCUUCAUUGGCCAGCCUCACCCAGUGAGCUGCUCUUUACGACAAACGGCCUUUGGCAUCAUCUUCUCCAUUGCGGUGUCUUGUGUCUUGGCCAAAACCAUCACGGUGGUUCUGGCCUUCAUGGCCACCAAACCAGGAUCCAGGAUGAGGAAAUGGGUGGGGAAAUCUCUGGCCAACUCUCUUCUUCUGGCUUGCUGCUCCCUUCAGGCCAGUAUUUGUGCUGUUUGGCUCUGUACGGCUCCUCCCUUCCCAGAUGUGGACAUGAACUCUCUGGCGGAGGAAAUCAUUGUGGAAUGCAACGAAGGCUCUGCCGCCAUGUUUUAUUGUGUCCUGGGGUACCUGGGAUUCCUGGCCAUUGUCAGCUUCACGGUCGCUUUCCUGGCCAGGAAGUUGCCAGACAGUUUCAACGAAGCCAAGUUCAUCACUUUCAGCAUGUUGGUGUUCUGCAGCGUUUGGCUGUCCUUUGUUCCCUCUUAUCUGAGCACCAAAGGAAAGCAGAUGGUGGCUGUGGAGAUCUUCUGCAUCUUGGCCUCCAGUACAGGCUUGCUCGCUUGCAUCUUCUUCCCCAAAUUGUACAUAAUCCUUCUGAGGCCCGACUUGAACAGCAAAGACCACUUGAUUUGGAGGAGCAAAUAA